AUGAGCAGCCAGCGAAAUCAAACUCCACCGCGGUCGACGCGGCCACGGCCCCUCGCACCUCCUCCACGAGAUUCCCAAAGACGGCUUCAACGGCAUCGUAUCUCCAUCGUCGAGGACAGUGACACCGAAAGCGAUUCAAGCUCCGACUCAGACCAGAGUCAGUACGACGAAGAUUUCUAUUUUCGCAGAGACGAUGUAGAUCUGAGCUUCGAGGGGACGAUCCAAUUCUUUCGAGAUUUGCAUCCGGAUCUUGUCAUUGAGGACGAAGGCAGUGAUGUUGAAGAGAUCAUUCGCCUGGAAAUCGAACCUCUGCCCACACGACGAAGACAGCCAGGCCGGCGGAAUGCGAUCCCUGAUAAUGGGGUCUCGGAUCAGCAGAGUCAAGGAAGAACUGCUGCGGAGCAGGUUUCGACUACUGAGAAUCGGCCCUUUCUCUCUCCCGCAGAGGUACUCGAGAUUGUCAGUCGCCUGUACGCUGCCUUCCAACCCCAUAGGCAGCAAGGCCAAGUCAACCACGAAGACAAUUUUGUCCCCGAUUAG